UUUAAGCAACCCAAAUAUAACACUGCGUCAAGUAUCUGCACAUGCAGCACACACACAUUCAUACGCGCGAUUGUAUCUGACAUUUGCACGCACAAAACAGUAUCCAAUAGAACAUUUUCCUCUCAGAUACAUUUGUGCAGUGUAUUUGUUAGAUGCAAUUUUCGUAUGACAGCCAAGUGCAAAGUGAAUUUAUUUACAUUUAACUGAAGCCGCGAUAGUGCAAGUUGUAAAGGAAAACAAGUGAAAAUUUAAAAGAAAUAUUGAUAUCGCAAAAGUGAAAAUAAUUUAGUUAAUAAUAAUAUAUAUAUCCACAUAAUGUGUGAAGGAAAAAUGUAAAUAUUGGUCUCGUUGCAUUUGCAGUGGAUUUCUUGAAGAUUGGAAAGUAAAGUUGUGCUGAAAAUGCGUGAUCCAUGCCAUGUUGGAUGAAAUCCGUACAGUGAGACAUCCCUAUCACAAUGCAUUGCUUUUAAUAUAAUUAUUUUUAUUUGAUUGCUGAUGGAAAAAAUACUGCGCAUGAAAAAUCAAUAAACGCAAAGGAGACAAUACCGACAGUCACGAAAGGAAAUUCAGUGUGCUUCCCUCCUGACGAAAGGAGGGCGACGAAGCUGUGUUGUCGGUACGAGUUAAAUUCGUAGAAAUCGGUGUCCAAAAGCAGACGUAGUCACUGACGGUCGCAAAAAGAAAACAUUAACAGCAACUAUCUAUGUGUGGGGAACAAACAACAAUAGAUACAUCGUACUAUAUCAACAUAGCCGUUGGCUAGAUACUUCUGAGACGUGGGUUUUUGUUUGAAUACCUUUUUGUUUAUAUUUGCGCAAAGUAUCAGCGCCUCCACUGCGGUUGUCUGUCGGUUCAAGACAUUAUACGCUAUUGCCUAUGAAUAAAUGUUUCUGCGCCCUACCUACAUAUAAUCCAGCGGAAGAAGGUGCGGUGUACGGGACAUGCGGUGCACAAGCGAUCUACAUAUUAGUCAGAAACCGUAGAGGCUGAGUUGUGACAGCCGAGCAAUUUCGCGCUAUUGACCGUAUGCAACAUCAUUAGCUCAAAACAAAAAACAGCAGAGGAAGCAUCCAGUUCGCCAUCACCACCCGUAUUGCAAAUAAUUGUAUCUCCCUUUGUUAUGUGUUUAAAUAAAUGAAUAGAUUAUAAAAUGAGGUGAAAACUGGUGAGAAGCGCAGCUUUAGUGAACAAGUUAGCCGGUAGUUUGGCGCUACUUCAAGCCAGUGGGGACGGUGCGGAGGCGGAUGGUGUGAAUACUGUUGUUUGUACGCCCGAAUUGGCCCCUUCGCCAUUACGCAUUAACACAUAUGAAUUUAAUUAAGCACCAAUAUAUAGACAAAUUAAAUUAGAGUUCUUUAUAUUUGGUGAGCAUCGGCAUUACCGCUGAACAAUGGCCGCAAAAUAUAACAAUAAAGCAUUAGCAAUCAAAGAAAAAUGCGCAACGUACAAUAAAUGCUAAUUUAAAGCUCAUGUAUGUAUGUAGCUAGUCAGGAGCGGCUCACAACAGAACAAAUAAAAAACAAAUAAAACGAAAACAUUCCAAAUAAAAGCAGCAUUUGAGUGAGAAUCAGUAGUCAGAAAAAAGUAUAGACGCGCCUGUCGCAAAGGCUGCAAAGGCCUCUUUUUCCCAGAUUAAGCUGUAGUUGAUGCACACGACGCCAACUGCGACGCCACUAAUACCACAUUGAAUUUCCAUCGAGUAAGCAGAUUGCACGCGCGGCAUUAGGCAAUCACAGCAAUCGCAUAGCAGAACAAAAAACAAACAAAAAAAUUAAUUGAAUACCUAGCAGUUAGGACAGUGCGCAGGGGUGAGUGCUACGCGGUGUGAUCAGCGACUAUGGUUAAAUCGUUGGUUUCGAAACUAUCGGCGGCAUCAUCAAAUUUAUCACUCGCUUCAACGCUCUCCUCGGUCGGUGUUGGUGGUGGCAGCGGGAGCAGUGGUGCGCAGGAGACCAAUUACGCAAAACAUCGCAACGAUCCAGGUCGCUUCUUCGGCGAUGGCGUACAAUUUAAGGCGAAACUUAUUGGUAUACUCGAAGUGGGCGAGGCACGUGGCGAUCGCAUGUGUCAGGAGGCACUGCAGGAUCUCAAGAUGGCCAUACGGGCUGCCGGUGAACAUAAGCAACGCAUAACCAUACAUGUGACUAUCGAUGGGCUGCGAUUACGCGAUGAGAAAACCGGAGAUUCGCUAUACCACCAUCCUGUGCACAAAAUUUCCUUCAUUGCGCAGGAUAUGACCGAUUCGCGUGCAUUUGGCUACAUAUUUGGUUCACCCGAUAGCGGACAUCGCUUCUUUGGCAUAAAGACUGACAAAGCGGCUAGUCAGGUUGUGCUGGCAAUGCGCGAUCUCUUCCAAGUCGUUUUCGAGCUAAAAAAGAAAGAAAUCGAAUUGGCACGCCAGCAGAUACAGUCAAAAUCUAUACACGAACAUCAACUUGCCUCAUUAUCAUCACUAAAAUCCUCCGCUGGCGGGGUUGUAACAGGAUUGAGCGCCCACAACGAUCUCAGUUGCAGCGGUGGAGGCGGUGGUGGCAGCACGCUGUCGGUGUUAAGUGGGCUUAGUGGACAAAAUCGUGCGUCAGCUUCGAAUCGGUUGGGUGUUAAUUUAGACAACAAAGGAGCAUGCAAAGAGAUGUCCCCUGAAUCAGUAGCAGACCUAGUGGAUUUGGAACAAGAGCUGAGCUCUAUACAACGAGGCAUCACACAAAUGGAACGCAUCACACCCAAUGAGCCGGUGCAACCGCCACUCGGUGGGGUCGCUGGCAAGGCAGCUAACGAUGAUGAUCCAUUUGGCGACUCAUUUACUAAUUUUCCUACUUACAAUCUUUUGCCUCCGCCCGAAUCUGGUCGCUCACGCCAUAAACCAAUAAAUAAAGUAAUAGACCCAACAGUAAAUCAAACAACAAUAGCAACGAGCGUGCCACAAAAUGCUACACUUUCUUCGUUACUUUCACCUACACCGGUAUUAAGCAGUUCACCGGGCACUUUGCAGCAAGACGACGACGACAGUUGGCUACAUGAACUUGACCAGCAAAACGAUGUAUUUGAUACUUCCAAAGCUGGCACCAUGGGCAUGGGUGUUAACUUACCGAUGGCACCGCUAGCGCCCAGUGAAUCCACUUCGACACCAACGCAACAGUUGAGUGAAAAUUCAACGCUAGUCGAUGUUGACGUAGGUGCGGCUGCUUCGAGCAAUACACACACUCAAGCUAGUGGAACUGUGGCGGUGGCAUCAACAGCACCGACUACUGCGGGCAUGACGUCGACUUCACCGAUACCAAUAUUGAGUGAUGGACCGCCACAGGCGACAGCAGGCAGUGCAGUGAAGUCAGAUGCUUUUACAGAUUUGGAUCCAUUAGGUACGGGUCGUACACGUCCCUACGUCGAUAAGAAAUACUUUUUCCAGGAGCUUAAGAAUCCACCCAAGAAAGUGCUAAACGACUUGUCUUCAGGUGGUAAUGGCACCGUAGAUAUAACCGCUACAGGUGUUCACUAUACAGCCGCCUCGGCAGUGGUCGAUGAGUUUCUCAGCAAAGAGGGUCUCUUCGAGGACACGCUAAGCCACAUGGAUGGCAAUAGCGAGGGCUCUCAGCAGUUGCAACAGGCGCAGUCGCAUCAGCCACAUCCACAGCCACAACCACCACCACUUAACAUUACUAACACUACUCGUACAUCAGACUCUACGGCGACAACUGCUGGUUCCGCUGGUGAUGUUGUGAUGAUGCCACGUGACACUGACCCUUUUUCGCCGACGCGAAAGAAGAGCGACCCAUUCCAAGAGGGUGGUGACGUUUUUGCUAAAUUGGAUCCAUUCGAGUUUGAAUUCAAUAGUGGCGAGAUGAAUCAACGAAGCUCACCAUCCACUAGUACCGAAGCGCGUCGUUCAGAGGAUGUUUUCAAUGGGCCUUUACAAGUCAAUUUACCGCCGGAAAGUAAUCUUUCUCCAACCUCAGCGCAACCGCUGAACACUGCGGCACAGUGGCGCGCAGACGUUGCGCGCUUGGAGCGACAAAUGGGUGAGCCCGUCGCGGCGAUGGGCAAUGGAACCGUUGGCAGCACAGUGCGUUCACGACCAACACCAUCCGGGCAAUUGUCAUCCCUGCCACAACCAUCUUCGGUUUUUAAACAACAAACAGCAGAUGUGAUUUCGAGCAUUAGCAAUAAGAAAAUGCCACAUUUGUUUGGACAGGCGCGUUUCUCCAAACGCGACUCCAAUAGCAUUAACAUGUGUCGCCUUCAGGAGAGCGACUCAUUGAGUGAGAAUGAAGCCGCGCCAGAGCCACCACCGCGGCCAGACUUGGCGUUAUACGCAGAACCACCACCAUUACCGCCUAAAAAGCAGUUCAACGAUAUUAUCAUACGUCCGCGUGUGACCUCGGGUAAUGCAGUGCCACCCAGCGCGUCUGCGUCGGCUAGCCGUUAUGAAUUUGUCAACACUACCACAAAGACUUUGCGCAUCUCCAACGCUGAAGUACCACCGAUACCGUUACCCUCACGCCGCGUUAGUCAUUCGGAUGGCACAUAUCCUGGACCAGGACGACCACGUAAACCUGGACACACAGAUGAUGACUACUUGGUGCCCAUAAGCGGUGUUGGCAGCAUUGGUAGCGCAGCGGCCAGUGAUGUGCCACCGCUCUUGCCACCACCAACACAGAUUUCAACGCGCAAUCGAGCACAACGACAGCAAUCCCUAACGAAGUCACAGGAUAUCUAUGAAAAUAAAAUGGAGAUUCUGCAACAACAACAGCAGAAACAACAGCAAGUUCUCACCGAUAGCGGCGGCGGCGCACCAACUGCAGUGGUAACGUCGCUGAUACCCGACAUUACAUUGAGUCAGCUCAUGACGUUGAGUCUGGACGAGUUGGCUGCUAAGUUGAGUGUGCCCGUUAGCAAACUGAGCACUAUGACCCUGGUAGAGCUUACAUCUUAUCUCUCGGAAUUCAUAGAGAAAUCAAAACCACAACGUGCUGUUGCUGCCGCGGCUAGUGGCGCAAUUGGCCCCGAGCAUACGCUGGCAAGCCACAUGAGUCCUAGACGAAUGCGUCGCAUUGAAAUGCAAUCUGUUCGGUGUGAGCCAUCGCCUACGUUGGCGCAACCAUCGGUGUUUAAAGUAAAUUUCGACCAGCAGGCAACUUUUGUCGCGAAAUUCGACGACACAUUCGGUGAAGACCUGCCCACUCGUAUGGCUGAGGGCCAAAGCCAAGACACGUUCGCUAACUUCGAGCAGUUCAACGAACCGCCAGUCGCGCCACCACCAAUACCAAGCGACGCCAGUCACAGCACCCCGCUUGUGCCAUCCGCCGAUCGCUAUGCCGUUUUCCGCGAGAUAAUCGAUAAGGAGUUGCAAGAGCAGCAAGAGAAUGCAGAUCUUAUUGGCGAAGUGAUCACAGAGAUUGAAGAUGGCAGCGGCGCUAAUUCUCUCACAGCAUGCACUGCGGAUGCUGAUGGCGCGGCAACUGUAGCAAACGAUCUUGGCGUGCACUUUGAAGCAAAUUUUGAUGAUGAUGAUUUCCUUACGGGGCCUACAACGACCAUUACAGCGAGUGCAAAAGUGCAGCCACCAAAAAUUGAUACGAAAAUAACAGAAGUAGUGGCGCAAGCAAAGGAUCGUUACGCCGCUUUACGCGACAUAAUUCUAGUAGAAAACCUCUUCGACAAUAAGCCGCCAUCAACUUUGCGAGCUUCACAGGAGUUCCCCGAGUUUAGCGAUGAAUUCAAUGAAGAUCAAGAUCAAGAUCUUAAGCAUAUAAUGGAUGGACGUGUCAGUAGUAGUGGCCCUGAUCGUUUAGGUUUGGUAGACAGUCGUGGCUUACCUGCGGAGCCUUCUUCUUCCGCAUUGACUGUCGAAGACGACGACGAAGAAGAUGACGGCGGCGGUGAAAGCAGUUUGGACAGCAAUGACAAAGACGCCGAUGUUCCUGGUAACGGACAAGACAAAUAUGAAAAACUGUCCACAUCCACACAACAACUGGAUGGCGAAAAGUCUGAUAAGCCCGAUAUGAAUGGCAGCAUUCCCGAACGCUCCGCUUCCCAACCUUCGCCGAAUUUAUUAAAUGCUAAGCAAGAUAGUAAAUUCCUCACUGUGACAGGCAGCAGUGGACUUUCGUCUUCCAAGGAUGACUUGGAAAUAGACGAGCUAAUGCAACGUGCCAUAUCUAAUUUGUCGCUAGACUCCCGGGAGCGCAUUUCACCCGCGAAUUCAGCGACCAAUAUACCCACAGUUAUCGUAACUUCAGGUAACUCCAUAGCUUUGCCACGUCCAAAUGCCACACUUUCGACGCAAGCACAGUUCAACGACGUAAGCACCUCUCCUAUUCCGCUACAGAAGUCGCCAACACCAGGCACUGCUCAGCAACAACAGAAAUCACCACUUAGCAAAUCGCCACAAGCUUCGCCACUUUUAUCACAACUCUCCGCUGUGUCGAACCUAAUCGACACCGCUACAAAACAAAUUGGCGCCAGUAACGAUUCGCAACAGGAAACGGAGGUGAAACAUUCGAAAGAGUUUUGGGCGACCUUUGACUCACCUAAGCCAAGCAUCGAGAAGGUGGAUAAACGUGGCAGAACAGCAGCCAAGCUCACGAUAAAAACUUCAUCACUGCAUUUACCACCGCCGCCACCAUCGAAUACAUCACAAAAUGAUACAGCGGAGUCGCCAUGCUCGUCAGAUCCACGUGAUGACGGUUGGAGUAAAAGCGGUAAUAUCGGUCGUCGCUGGACGAAGAAAGAACGACAUCAGACAUCAUCCUCGUCACGUGAUCUCAGCCCAUGGGAUGAUGAGCUGUCUGACUUUCAAAAGCAAAAACGCGUACCAGGUGUGGGCCCCGCAGCACCAACGCCAGGUGCCGUACAUGCUUCGGAUCGACAUGGCUACUAUAUGCGACAUACGCGGCGCCUGAACUCUUGCGAUGAAGAUUAUGACUAUGAAGACGAUUUCAGUGCACGACGUGAUCAUCGAAAACUAAAGCCAGGACUCUCACGCAGCCGAGAUAACUUCGAUUUAGAAUCUCCUAGUUGGUAUCACCACGCACCUCAUCAUACCUGGUCGCCACAGGAAAUCGAACAAGUAGCUGGUAUGCGUGCACGCGCCUUUGAACGUAGCGCUUAUGAGCGCACAACUUACGGACCUCCGGUCUACGAUAAACGUGGCGUUGCACUGCCGCCCAAUGCCUCAUCGAGCUACGACCGUCGUAGUGGUUACGAUAAACGCAGCAAAUAUUAUCGCGACUAUGCGCGCCCAAAUUACGAUUUCGACGAAUAUGGCGACUCGCCUCACGAUCGCUAUCGUGAUACUGGAUGCUUUGAAAAGCCGAAAGUUGGUCGACGAGCCGAUUACGAAAAUAUAUACGAUGAAGGCCGUUCCCCAAUGGGUGGGCUGAUCAGCGGCAGUAGUGGUUAUAAGUCACGCGGUGGAGAUUAUUUAUAUGAACGCGACCGCAAAUCUUUCGAUCGGGAAAGCGUGGAGUCUUUUGAGAGCGCCACGCGGCGUCGGCGUAGUUUCGGAAGCGGGGAUGUGUACGGUAGUAUUGAGAGUCACGAAGAGUUCCGCGAACGCUAUGGGCCGGAAAAAACGCGCUCGUUGCGGAAAGGCAUGAAGCUGCGAACUACUGGCGACAUUGAAUACGAACAAGAUUCUGAAAAUGAUUUUCAUCAGCGCGCGCGCCUCAGUAGCGGUGCAAAUGUUGUUGGUAUGACAGAUACACGUAGUCUGCAGCGUCCAAGUCAACUGACGUCAGGUGGAUCAGUUAACGCUAUGAGCAUGGGAGCUGGGCAGACGCGUGCACGCAAGAGUAGCGGUUCAAGUCCCUGGGAUGGCGAAGAACCGUCAUUAGCAGGUCAGAAAUCUUGGAAGCGCCCAUCAAGUGCCGCCGACUCCGAACGACGACUCGCCGAAAGUAGACGGGCUGCGACACUUGGACAGACUCUAUCUGGCUCAGAUGGUGAAAAGGAUCGCAGGUUCCGCAAAAAACAACGUUCGCGUGGCAAAGAAAUUCCAUACAGUAGCACUGGCACUGCACCUGGUAGUAGCAGUCGUUACAGUAGCGGCGUUGUCUCGGCAGCACCACCUCAUCCACGUGAUAAUUACGAUUAUAUCACAUAUGACGAUGAUGAUGUGGACGACGAGGAAGACUACGUGGAUGAAGAGUAUGAUGAACCGCCUACGGAUGAGGACAAGUUUGAACGCUUAAAUAGGCGCCGCCAUGAGAUGCAUCAACGCAUGAUGGAGAGUGAUCGUAGACAACAUUCCAUGGGCAAAGUGCCAAUCAGUUCACUCAAAUGCAGUGCCCCUACGACUGCUGCCAAGAAAUAUCCAACGCGAAGUGGCGAUUAUGAUUUCGAUGAUUACGAGCAGACGCCUACACCGCGCUCGAAUGCCAGCGCUAGCUUAGCAAGCGCAGGCAGCUCCUAUCUGGCAACAACCAGUGUUGGUGGUGGCGGUUGUGCUACGAAGUUUAGUUUCGAUGGCGGUUUUGAAUCGGACUUUAAUCAGAGCUCGCCGCCACCGGCUCCUGCGGGUACAGCAUCCAGUUGCAACUCUACCCCAGCCGCCAACACAGCAAGUGCGUGUGCCACAUCAGCUACUAAAUCGUCUUUCCGCUUCUCAAAUGACUUUUCGGAACGAGAAAAACUGCACAGCUUCGCACAAAAUUCCACGAGCGUUAGCAGCUCGCAACAGUUUGAUUUGGAUGGUACGCAAUCGCCAGCUUCGCACACAAUGCCGCCAAUUAUUACACAAAAGUUGCGUUUCGAUGAUAAUGUCAAGGUUUCGCAAUUUGACGAUGCUGCCUUUGAAGAUGAUUUCUCAAAUGCACAAUUCGAUUUCGAAAAGGAAGACCAGUGGCAUGCUGACUCACUACAAAGCGCUAGCAAUGCAGCGCUUAUGACGUCUGCUGCAAAAAAACAGAAUCUGCGCAAUAGUAAACUGCAACAGAGGCAGGAACUUAUUAAGAAAUCCGAAUCGAUUAAUAUAUUUGCCAAGAAAUCAGAGGAUCCAUUCGAAGAUGAUGAGUUUUUUAAAGCACCGAACGAAACGAAAUUAGCUAAUAACAGUAACAAUAAUAAUAAUGGACAACAAUCAGCGAAAUCGAGUGCAGGGAAUGGGAGCGGAUUUCAAUGCGAGGAUGAUUUUAAUUUCGCCAAAUUCGAUGAAAACAUGUGAUUUGAUAAAUUAUUUGCACGAAACGCAAAAACUGAGCAUAUAAUAAAACAACAACAACAAAGUAAUAGCAAUUUGAAAAGUAUUGAAGUUCCAAGUGAAUGCAAGGAGGCUAUGAAACGAAGUCGUGCUAAAGAACAAAGUGAUGAGGAUGAUGAAGAAAAUAAUUAUGCCGAGAUUAAUGUGCUCGCCGAUCAUGAUUACUAUUAUAUAACAAAUCUAAAUGAAUACUACUAUCAGCAUCAACAAGAACAGCAAAAACAGCAAUACACACAAACACAAUUGCAACAUUCUUACAGUUCGGCACCACUUUGCGCAGCGACAGAUAUCGUAGGUGAGUGUGGUAGAGGAGUUGUGCCCAAAGGAAACGACUGUCUCACUCAAAUUCAACGACAUCAACAGCAAGAACAACAACAACAAUAUGAAAGUAUUAAGGGGACUUUGUUGAGGAAUACGAAAAAAUGUCGACGUAAAAUCGUAUCAUUGAAUUUUCUAAUGAAAAAUUUGAUUAUGUAUCGCUUUAAAUAUGAUAUUCUAUAGGAAGUAUGGAGAGAGGCUAAAGAAUAUAGCAUUGACAGUUGUUUAGACCGAGUUGCGACUCCAAUUUAAA